UCACCCGUGAUUGGCUCGGGAUAAGAAAAUGUACAGCUUUAUCUCCGCGGGUCCGAGAAGCAGGUCGUGUGCGUUAUAAAUACAGCCUCCAAACCCGGUUAACAAAAUGAGCCGCGACCGGCCAUCGCUCUAUGCUAAACACUGCGAGAAGGAUGCUGCAGCAAGCUCUCAAAGUGUCCGGCCGGAGCGCCUCUCCCCUGGUCAAGUGGAUGGAGAGGUGGGUUGAGGGAACGACAGGCACCGGUCCGGUGGGGGGGACCACCAAGGGGCAGGCGGUGAAGACGUUGAAGGAUAUGCCCGGACCGUCUGUGACCAGCUUCGCCUGGGACCUGUUCGCCAAACGGGGGCUGUCACGGCUGCACGAGAUGCAGCUGGAGGGAGUAAAGCGCUAUGGACCCAUGUGGAAGGCAAGCUUUGGCCCCAUCCUUACGGUUCAUGUGGCUGACCCAGUGCUCAUUGAGCAGGUCCUGAGGCAGGAGGGCCAGCACCCUAUGCGUUCUGACCUCUCCUCCUGGAAGGACUACAGGAAGCUCAGAGGACACCACUAUGGACUUCUGACAUCAGAGGGGCAGGAGUGGCAGACAGUGAGAAGCCUUCUGGGGAAACACAUGCUGCGGCCGAAGGCAGUUGAAGCUUAUGAUCAGACCCUAAACAGUGUGGUCAGUGACCUCAUCAAUAAACUGAGGAUUCGCAGGAGUCGACAAGACCUCGUCUCUGACAUCGCCAGCGAGUUCUACCGCUUUGGCCUGGAGGGUAUUUCAUCAGUGCUAUUUGAAUCCAGAAUUGGUUGCUUGGAUAAGAUCGUCCCAGAAGAGACUGAGCGUUUCAUCCAGUCCAUCAACACCAUGUUUGUGAUGACACUUCUCACCAUGGCCAUGCCCAGCUGGCUGCACCAGCUGUUUCCUAAACCCUGGAACAUCUUCUGUCAGUGCUGGGACUACAUGUUUGACUUUGCCAGAGGUCACAUCGAUCAGCGUCUGACAGCUGAGGCUGAGAAGGUUGCCCGUGGGGAAAAGGUAGAGGGCCGCUAUCUCACCUACUUCCUUUCUCAGACUGGGCUGCCUAUGAAGACUGUCUACAGCAACAUCACAGAGCUGCUCCUCGCAGGAGUUGACACGAUCUCCAGCACCAUGUCCUGGUCUUUGUAUGAGCUGGCACAUCACCCUGAGGUGCAGGCCUUGCUCCGAGACGAGGUAUUGGGCGUGCUUGGGGGUCGGAGAAUACCAGUGGCAGCAGAUGUGGCCCAAAUGCCUCUCCUGAAGGCCACAGUGAAAGAAGUGUUGAGGUUGUACCCUGUCAUUCCUGCCAACGCAAGAGUCAUAACAGACAAAGACAUUGAGGUUGGAGGAUAUCGGAUACCUAAAAAUACUCUCAUUACCCUGUGCCACUACGCCACAUCACGGGAUCCUGCAGUGUUUCCAAAUCCGGAUGAAUUCCAGCCUCAUCGAUGGCUGAGCAAGGACCAGACUCACCACCCGUAUGCUUCUGUGCCGUUUGGGGUGGGAAAACGCAGCUGCAUAGGUCGACGUAUCGCUGAGCUGGAGCUAUACCUCGCUCUUUCAAGGAUCCUCUUAGAGUUCGACUUGAAGCCAGACCCUGAGGGGACUUCUGUAAAGCCCAUGACACGGACACUUCUAGUUCCUGAAAAUGUCAUUAGCCUCCAGUUUAUUGAACGAUGACCCACUCUCCCAAGCCGAUCUGUUACAAGAACAUGAGCCUCUUGGUAGCAGAGAGCACCAGCAGGCAGAGUUAUCACAGGAAUCGUGUGGCUGUUUGCACUCAGUGGAUCAUGUUAGAGCGUGGACCUUCAACCUUCCACCCAGCAAAGGGCCAAAGCCCUCCAUACCUGUCACCUAAUGUGCUGAGGCUGAUAUAUGGACAGGGACAAAUUAGUGGAAAGAUGAGCAGUGACUGCUCAGCACUGAGGCUUUCCACUAGGAGUGGUGUUACUCCAAAUUUAAAAUCGUUUUUUUUUUUUAAUCUUAUUAAAUCACCAUCAAGCACUUAUUUGCACUAGAGUCCAGAACAUACCAGGGAAAUCCCUUAGUAUAUUUCAACAAACAAUAUUCAGACUUUAAUUUUAACCCUUUAAAUGUUUCAUUUUAUGAUAUUUGUAGCCAUGCAUGGAGUUAAUGUUUUAGUGAAUCUGAUUAGGAACUGUGAUCCUCUGCACUCUUCACUCAGCUGUAUAAGCAAUUUUCUGUUUGUCCUUAACGUGCAAAUAUUUCAUUUCAAGAGCAAUUCUGUAUAUGUUUUUUUCCAGUAUGCUAAGAACACACGACAUGUAUCUGUAAGUAAAUAAAUCAGAGUAUUAAGAGAGUCUCAGACUGGAGCAUGGGCACACAGUUUCUGAUUUCUCCAGAUCCUACUGAGCAACUGUGAGAGAUAAAAUGUUAAGAAUAUUGAUCAGUGUAUUUUUUGAGGUGCUUAUGGUGAAAAAUGUUUACUGAUUUGUACUUUUAUAUGAAAAGGCAGCUGUUAAAAUGAUUCUGAUGUAGGAAUGCAAUUCAAAUCCCAAUCUGUCUGUAUUGUCUUUAAAAUGUAAAUGUAUGCCGCAAUCCAACUGUGCAGCACAAUGCAAACUUAUCUUUUUUAUUUACACAACUUACCCAACUGUAGUGAUGUACCAUGGAUGUAAAAAGAACUUUGUAUUUAUUAUAAUUUAACAUGUUUUAAAACUGUUACUGUAAAUGUCAUUAAAACAUU